UUUUCUACUUUUCCUGCAUACAUUUUGAAGUUCACCCAAUCCCUUUAAGUGCAAGCAUUUCCCCUCGUUCUCCCUCGCCUCUUUCCCCCUGCAGGGAGAUGAUGGAUAGCAGGAUUCUAGAGCACCACCACGCUCAGUUUGGAGGUACCUUGGCCAGUAUGGUAGGGUUCCACUACCCCCUUACUCAUCACCAUGUGUACGAGCUCGCAGGACACCAACUCCAGACUGCCAGCGUGCCCUUCACCAUAGACGGAUUACUAAGUGGCUCCUGCACGGCAUCUGUGGUCAAUCCGUCCCCUCUGAUGCCUACGGCUUGUAACGUGAACGGGGAGAGUCAGUCCUUCAAACUGUCAGAGACGUCGGAUCCGGAAAAGGAUACUCCGGGUUGUAAACGGAGAAGAACGCGGACAAAUUUCACCGGCUGGCAGUUGGAAGAACUGGAGAAAGCAUUCAACGAGAGCCAUUAUCCAGAUGUGUUCAUGAGAGAAGCACUAGCGUUGAGGCUUGACCUGGUGGAAUCCCGGGUUCAGGUGUGGUUCCAAAAUCGGAGAGCUAAAUGGCGGAAGAAAGAAAACACCAAGAAAGGUCCUGGUCGACCAGCGCACAACUCGCACCCAACUACAUGCAGUGGGGAGCCCAUGGACCCUGAGGAAAUCGCCAGGAGGGAGAUGGAAAAGAUGGAGAAAAAGAAACGAAAGCAAGAGAAGAAAUUGUUGAAAACUCAAAACAAGCUGCUGCACUCGGAGGCAGACUGCAAUAUUGGCUCGUCGGGAUCAGAAUCUGACAGCAGUAUUGUCCAUUUUCAGGCCGUCCGAGAACAUAUUUCCAUCCAUGGCGAGUCCGACCAGCUAUCUCCCAAUAGUAGCAGGGUCCAGGGCGAAGUGAACUGUGAGCAAACGGGACAAAAACUCGCCCCGCACCAAAGAACCGUGUCCCAGAAUAAUGCCACUAGAUCGUCAGAUCCCGAGGGUGAUCGGGAUAAACCUCAGAACUAUCCGUGCACAAACGGUCGUCCUUCGGACGUGACAAAAUGUGAUCAAAAAAGUAAUCCUUUCAGUGUGGAAAGUCUUCUAUCAGACACAACACCACGGCGCAAAGCGCAUUACGAAUUCCCAGCCUUAGCAAACCCCAGAGCUGUUAUUGGGAAAGGACAUUUCCUGCUGUACCCCAUUACCCAGCCCUUGGGUUUCAUUGUACCCCAAACCAGUGUCCGGACACCCCCCGUCCAACCUCCAUCUCCCGCUGGGGCAGAUACAAUAACUCCAGCAACAGACCAAGUACAUUCCAUUAACCCCGGGACCAGUUCAAACUCAACACAGACCAGCUGUCCCGGGUCAGAUUCCAGCCCAACAACACAGACCAUCUAUACUGGGGCAAGUCCGAACCCAGCACAGACUAGCUACUCCGGAUCGACUCAAAACGUGACACAAACCAACUAUCCCGAUACAAAUUCCAAGCAAUCCGAGUCGAGUAAACCUCUGGCCUUGGAGAGUCCAACUGAACUAAAUCGACAGAGCCUGGACUCUCCCGAGCCAGUGAAAACAAACUGCCCUCGAGAGCACAUGACAGUGCGCCAAGACGUAGAUAUGGACUAAAAAGGCGAUUCUAAAGUAACGUCGCAACUGCAAAGCAGACACAACAGAAAGAAUCAAGAAAAAACAUGGACUUUCGCGCAUAGUUCACUAGAUAAACAUGUUCUUUCAACUUAUUUAGUUUGUUUGCUUUGCAAGUGGAUGCUUGUGUGACUUUUUAUUGACGAGAAGAUGCGCUCAGAUAUUAAACAAAAAAAAACUAUUAGCCCAGCUCCGUUACACUAAGCGGAGCGAAAACAAUUAAUCUUAUAUAUACACGAUUAACAUCAGUGUCUGGACGCAGUGUGUAAAACCAAGAAUCCACUCCUCCUCCUCCUCUCAUGGUGUAAA